AUGAAAAACAUUAAUUAUAGUAAUAGCCACUUUGAUCCGUACUCUAGCAAUUCUGAUAGUGAAUCUGCAGAUGAAAUAGAAAACUUUCCUAUUCUUAAUUUCGACAAUGAUACAUAUCAAGAUGUUAGGAACAAAAUUUUGCAGCAAAAUAGUUGUAAUGAAAAUGAAGAUUACGACCUUAAUAAUGAACUAGAAGAAAAUAUAUUUGAGUUUGAUGAAGGGGUCGACGAAAUUCUACCAAAUCAACCUACAGAAGAUGAUAAAUACACACCGUGCGUUAUUCUCAAAGGCACCUGGGAAAUUGAUCAAGAAGCUAUUAAACAAUGGAAUGGAAGGUUAAAUGAACUUG